AUGGCACCUCACAAUAAUACUGAAAAGAAAACCAUCACGUACGUGCUACAGUCUUCGAUGGAAGAGAAUGACGGGCAUAUUGGUGGGAUUAACACCGUGAAAUAUAACAAUGAAGCAAGGACCCUAUUCUCCGGAGGUAGAGAUGGUACGGUUAAAAUAUGGCAGAGCAAUUCUGGACAUCAAGAAGAGAGCCUGGCGAAUAGAGAGAACUUUAAUGACAAUCUCUCAACCAUUGGCGAUACCAAUAACAUUGAAUGCAACAACCAGCUCAUUGCCGAUGUUGCAACCAAGAUAAAUAAAUCCGGUAUUGGUAUCGUGCAAUCCGCCUCAAACCCUUUAUACAGUCUUACAGAAACCCUGCAAUUACAUACUGACUGGGUGAAUGACAUGGAGCUCGUCAGCAAUCAAUCUUUGGUAUCUUGUUCAUCUGAUUUGCUAGUGAAGCAUUGGAACUACGAGACGAAUACCCAGUCAACUUUAGGAUACCAUAGUGAUUACGUUCUUUGUUUAGCCUCACCAAACUCAAAUUUUAAGGAUAUUAGAAACAGUACUGACGCAAAAUGGAUUGCCUCUAGUGGUUUGGAUAAGCAAAUUUGUACCUGGGACCUUGUGAAAAAUACCAAGCUUAAAAGUUACUCCAUAAGUAAUUAUUCAUCAGGAUCAUCAAAUUUAAAUUACUACAACUUUCAAAAUAAGGGCUCGGUUUACUCUCUUUCUGCGACUAAUAAUUUAAUUGCCUAUGGUGGGACAGAAAAUACCAUUGGUCUCAUUGAUACCAGAUCUGGAAGUCAACUGAAAAAUGAUGUGUUGAAAUUAGUUGGUCAUACCGAUACAGUGCGAUCUUUAAUUCUUUCUGAUGAAUGGAUUUUGUCAGGCUCGUCUGAUUCAACUAUUAAACUAUGGUCUCUUAAGAAUAACAGAGUGCUCAGGACAUUUGAUAUGCACAGCAGCUCGGUAUGGUCUUUAUAUUCCGACUAUGCCGAUUUCAGGAUCUUUUAUUCCGGUGAUAAAAAUGGGUAUGUUUUCAAAACCGAUACCAGAGGUUGUUUAUUGUCAGAUCAGUCAUUCGAUAAUGAACUAGAUGAUACCAAAAAUGAAAUUUUAACAUCAAGAUUAAAUGAAAAUUUGGGGGUGGUUUCAUUGAUUGCCAAACAAUCCCGUGGAAUUAGUUGUUUGGCUCUUGAAAAUUCCAACGCCCCAUCAGGAAACUUGAUUGAUAAUGGAAGUAACAUAUGGUGCUCCACUGAUGAUAAUACUAUUGAGUGCUAUCCAAACUUGGAUUUGAAGGAUGUGGCUUUACAUCAGUAUCUCACCAUGAAAAAUGGACUAUUAAAUAUUGUCAAAAAUAGUACUGUCAAUGAACUCACCAGCCAGACUGAUGAUUCUACAAGCAGUCUCAAUAAUAAUAGUGAAGAUAUUUAUGAUCUUGUCUCGCAACUUUCAAUUGAUAAUUCACGUCCUUCAAUGGAUCAACGCCCAACAUCCCUUACGGCGACAAGCAUUUCUUUACUUGAUGCUAUUGAUAACUUCAGUGAUACCAUGAGCUUCAACAAUGAUUCAGGACUAAACAGUGGUGAUGAUGAUGAUUUAAAUUGUAAUGAUAGGAACUUGCACUUUGAAACCAGUUUCACCAACUCGAAUGGUACUGCCAACUCGCAAUAUAUAAUUUCAGGGAACGAUACCGUUAAUAACACGGAAAACAGUCAAUAUUUUCUCAUAGAGGCUCUUACUGAUCCUAUUCCAGCUGAAUUAGUUACUGUGGUCCCUGUUAAUGAGGACUCAAUAUAUUCUAUUGAGGGUAAUCUGGCGGUUAUCAAGGCACGACUUUUGAAUGACAGACGAACUCUUGUUAGCUUAAAUGAUGCUGGGGUGGUUAGAGUGUGGAAUGCUAUCACCGGUACAAUCAAAAAAUCCUUUUCUCAAGAAGAAGCUGAUGAAAAUGAACAGGAUGUGGAUUAUGAAGAAUAUGAUAGGCUCUUACGUGAAAAAGGAGAGCAUCUUUUCGAAUCGGUUAUUACUAGUUAUCAAACAAAGGAAACUCUACAGAACUGGUGCUCCGUUUCCCUAAAAAUUGGCCGUGUCUUCUUGACUAUUGGUGCCAACACCGUUACCAACUGUGAAGUCUAUAUCGAUGAACUAGAAGGAACAAUUGAUAGUAAUUUGAUUGAAAAAAUCAUUCUGGAAAAUCCAACCCCUAUGGACGAAAUUUCUAUUAAUUUGGGAAAAGUUGUAUUGAAGUCACUAUUGUCCAAUUUUGUUGAUGAAGCAGUGCAAGACGAUAUUAUUUUCCGUGAUCAAAUAGUUAAGGGCCAGAUAUAUCCUGCUAAGGCCAUUAAGAAAGAACCGUAUUCUAGAUUUGAAGAAGAAAAUUCAAGAGAAACGGACAAAAAUGAAACUGCGGAAUCGGGUUCCAACAAAGAAGAUAUAAACGGUAAUGAGGAAGAAGGCUCCAGUAAUGCAAACACAUUCAAAAAAUUUUCAAGAUUUGGUAGAAAAAGCAAGAAGGAAGAAAAGGAUGGCUCUAAUUCUACAACCCCAAUGACAUCUGCAUCUAAAACCAAGACAAAAAAUCUGACCCCAGGGCCUUCCAAAUUGAAUAUACUUCCAAGUACCAACUACGAUGAUGAUGAUAGUUUAAUGGCCAUCCUUGAUAGAUUCAAGUAUGAAUAUCUUAAAAAUCCAGAUCCUAAGGAGCUUCAGAAUUCAAAUUUUAAAUUGCCAAGCCCAAAGGAAAUUCCAGUAGUCACUAGUUUAACAACUAAUCCUUUUACUGUUUUAGUUAAUAAGUCAUCCAGUGACCUUAAAGGCAACUCUUUAGUCAUUUACAAAUUUCAUUCCAAUGAUACCGAAUUUGACAAUGUGAAAUUCCAAAAUUUCAGGGAAUUUCUACCAGGAUGGGUAGGUGCUGCAUUAUUCAAAAAUCAAUAUUCUGAAAGAUCCGUAACCAAGAUCCACUUUGUUGUCGAAGAAUGGAAACCCGACUCUGGUGCAUCCAGCAAUUUCAACAGUACCACGAACACUACCAAUAAUUCAGCUGAGAGUUUGCUGGACGGUAAAACAUCUUCUUCUCAAAAGAGAAAAUUGUUUUCUCUCAAUGGGAAGGAAUCAAGUUCUUCGACCAAUUUUGGCACAUUGCCAGUAAUCCUCGAUCCUACCACAAGAUUAUCAGCACAUGAAUAUAUGCGUGUGAAGAAGAUUAUGUUUUAUAUUCUUGAGAAAUUCCCAAGCAAGACACCAGAAAUGAAGAAGAUGUAUCCAUUUGCAAACAUUAAGUAUGAGGAUUCGGUAAAAGUGGAGGACUGGCUUGAGAUUUUGUGUAAUGGAGAAGUGUUAUCACCUAAUAUGACGUUAACUACGGUGAAGACCAAGAUCUGGAAAAAUAGUGGUGACAUUGUAUUGAAAUAUCGACGUAAAAAAAAGAUGCACAAGAAAUAA